GUGUUGAAUCAAGUGUUGAGUCCCAAACUGUCUCGUUCUCAGACUUGAGCAAGCAGAUCAUUCCAUACGAGAUCCCCAGAGCUGGAACAACAUUUUUAGUUUAGCUCCCAGUAUCGGAAAGUAUUAUUUUCGGCUGCCGGGAAAGUGUAUUCGAAUUAAAAUUUUACUGCAUUUCAGAUUUGAAAUAAAUAUCAGUUUGAGGAUCCCAAAUAAUAAAAUGGCAAUGCUUCCAUUCGUGAAGGAAAACGUGCCGGCACUGCAACUGCAGCCAGCGAGGCUGGCCUUCUACGGCAAUCUUCACUUGAUGCUUCCUGGCGACCAGGAGAUGUCCAACUCUACCUUGGUGCUGUCUAGGGAUAUGAAGCUGUACGAGUACCGGCGUAAGGAGCUGGUCCACUACAUUGACUUGCGAGAAUCCAAACUGCAAAACCUAAGUACCGAGCUCAGGCUCUAUCAGGGGCCAGUUAGCAGCUUCUUGCGAAAGGAAACCACAUCCGAAGAAGCCGGUUCUUCUCAGGAUCUUGACUGCACAAUGCUGUACGUUCCCGAAGAGAUGCAGAUCACCUUCGGAAAGUAUAUUUGGAUGAACGAAAAGGCAUACGUCCUUGUCCACUGCUGGAAGCUGCUCCUGGUGCUGUACAGACCACAAAAGCACGGUGAGAACUUCGAACUGGUUGCCGAGCACGAUGCCGUGUCCAGCUUCAAGAUGGUCACCGGUCCCAUCCCCUAUGAGGCUAUUGUAGAACUGCAGUUUGAAAAUGGAAAGAGGCUGCGAACGGACUUCCAGACCGACGCCCUGAACGAUGAGCCCAGCACCUCCGCUGGUGGAUCAAACACCAUGGAGAACUUCAAGGAGUUGCUUGAGCAGGUGAACUCCCUAGAAGCGGAGCUAGCUGCCAUGCGACAGCAGACACAAGAGGACUUUUCCCUCUGGAAGAAUCAGGAGCUGUUCGGCUCGGCCGCACAUCGCUCUUUGCUCCAGGAGGAGAAGGUGUUGGUGCAACGUUUUGGGGAGGUGUGGAUGAGGGUAUACGGAGACUACUUGGUCUGUGGCACUCUUCUCAUCAAUCUAAACGGCAGCUAUAGGAUGAACAUUGUCUAUAACCUGAAGCCGCUGGUCAGGAUUGAGCCACCGAAGGACUUUAGACUGCAGCACAGACUUUUUGAGCUUCCCGUGCAGCCAAAUGGAAAGCCACCAGAGGAUUUUGACCAGCUCGCGCAGUUCUGGGCCUGCCAGGAGCAGCAAAGCAGAAGAUUUAAGUGGCGGCCUGUUCCAAAGGAGGGCCUGCUACCUCCGGAGCGCUCUGCCGUAAUGCUGGUUCGUCUAUCCUUGGGCGAUCUCAUUGAUGCGAAGAUGUUGCAGUUAAUGGCGAUAUAUGAUGUCAAGAGGUCCAGGGAUGCCGAAGACACUGAGUCCCGACAAAUAAACCUCAUCACCGUAGAUGUACCUGAACUCAUCUCGAAGCUGGAUACUUUGGCUCCAAAAUUUUCGCCAAAAACUAUGCACCAGGACUUCCUAACUGUGAUUAUGACAAAAGAGGCGCAGUGCGUUCUGAAGCUGAAAUUCCAGGAGGCCCAGGAUCGUUCGAGUUUCGAGGAGCAUUUGGUUUCAAAGAUGAAUUUUGAGUUGUUUGAGGUGGAGGAUAAAAAAGAGGACCAGGAAAUGAACUCUCCAGAUUCGGAUAUUUUGGAUGCCUCUAUUCGUUCUACUUCCGAACCGACUAGUGCCGUCCCCCUCCAGCGCAUCUUCUACAACCGUAAACCGCACUUGCAGUGGUUUGGCAUCCUCAUCCUACGCGACGACCCCGGCCACUACUGGCACAUCUAUGCCCAGACAGAGACUCGCCUAAAGCUAUUGGUCCAGCACCUGAAGCGCGAUCUCCUUUUGCUGCACUGCAAUGUCAGUGUUAUGGAGACUAACGAAUAUGUCACUGAGCCCGACAAUGUGGCCCUCGAGUUGGAGGCUAGUCUGCGCGAAGAGCUGCUGGCGUGGAAAGAGCUCCUGGACGAAAAUACCCAGGGCUAUGAUUACGACGAAGAUGUGGAACGGUACAAGUUGAAGCUAUCCCAUAUCCACAGACUCCAGUUGGCCAGCGACGUCCUCGCAACCAUGCUGAAGCGCCAAAACGCUCAAAAUUCUGAGAACUAAA